GUUGAUUCGUUCUUGUCGCCAGAUUAUGUAUUUGGCAACCGCAAGUUCGGUGGGAAUGCUCAAUCUAUAACGAAGAACCGAUGGAUACACCACACUUCCUUUCUAUGGGACUACGAGGAUCGGAAUAUGGACUACUUGAAGCUACCUUCUCGCGCCCCUGAGUACAGAUCGGCAAGAGACCAUACAGAAUUCGUGUGCAGAAUGCGUGAGUAUAUGCAGAGGCCAGCUUUCGUCGAUAGAACCAUCAAAGCUCUCGAAGCCUACUUCUUGGUGCAACCUAUGAGCUCCGAAGCAGCAGUUAAUGGUGACCCUCAGACGACGACGACGACGACUGAAUUCAUUCCCUCCACCAGGCUUCUAUCAGAGAAAGAACUCGAGGAUGCUUUCGCAUCUACCACACUUGAGAGAAUGGCUCACACUGUCAGAAUUUGAUGCU